GUUCUGGACCCUGCGGAAUUUCCUCUAACAUGGCUACAACUUGGCUUCCUUAUCCAUAUUCCAUUACAUCUAUCACGGUUAGUUAUAAGGCCGACGACAAAAGAAUAGACAGGCAAACAACUACCAAUCCAUAUAGAAUUACUUCAUUACUUCACUUAAAACACCGUCAACUAUUUUAGAGGCUCUGCAUUUUCAUGGCCAGCAUUCACUACGCAUUUGAAGGGCGUUAGAAUCAAGUAUGACCGUGGAGGCGAUGGGUUUAUCGAGAACGACAUCAUCCCCUUCAUGCAGGAAUCAAACAUGCGAGACCCAAGCGUUACUAGGAUUUUCAAUGAUAGCCACGAUGAUAACCCUACGGGCUUGCGGGAGGCUACCGACGAAAGAUCCGGGAGAAGUAUAAUGAGAGAGGAACAAUAUCGAGAUAAUUCUAUAGUCAGAACGACAUCAAAAUACCCAACUCUUCCAACCGACCCGUUCCCUUCUCUUGAGAUUACUGCUUCUACUCCCGUCACCCCCAAAUUCGAGAAACGCGAGCCGAGCUACGAUAUGAGCAGUGUAACCGAGAAACUUACUACAAAUAGAAAUGGUAUAUCGAGCAGCAUCGUCAAUGGACACACAUCGCCUACUACAACAUAUAGCAGCGCAGAUAGAUCCGUUUCUAGUCGAUCUACCGAUACCACAGCCAAAUCGAGUACACAUUCGGUCUCCAAAUCGGCUACGAAGAAGCCAAGCCACGAGAGUGUUAGGAAGCUUUCUGCUUCCCAGAUGCAGGCUUUGACCUCGUCGCCCGAUUCGCUACCAAUCGCUGUCGUUCCUCCCCAGCCUCCCCAGCGCAAACCAAACGGUACCGAGUAUCCUAUGUCCGCUGGUGUUGCCGAGUCUAUAUCUCGCCCAUCAAUGUCAGAUCAGUUACGAGGUAGUGCCCAGAUGUCAGCCGCAGAUAAAGAUACAUUAUUGCCAGCAUAUCACGAUGCUCCGAGGACAGCAGCAGAUUUCAGACGACCCCCUUCCUCGUCACGAACGCUUUCUAGCCCGCCCAUUAAUAGGAGGUCUUCAACCGGCCCUCCUGUAAUGGAAUCGAAUACUAUAAGGCGAAAUUCCUUUAACCCUCUUCCUCGCCCUCCCCCCCUAAACCUUUCAUCCGCUGCGUCAAAGCCUCCCGUGUCUCCUCCGAAACCAGAUCGACCAGACCUACCGCCGUCUCCUGUACCACCCACGAUACCUCUCCCGCCCAUGUCUCUCCCCACCCAUCUCCAACUCGAACUAGCUGGUCAACGACCCAGUCCUCUUUAUAUACAUCGUUCCCACGCCGCAGAUGUUCCAUACGAAUCCAGCGCUGUCAAGUUCGAACGGCUUUUGAAUGCUCUCCUCUUACCCCCCUACCUAGAACGUGUCUUGACCUUCGGCACUCUAGCAUGCCUCGAUGCGUGGCUAUACACAUUCACCAUUUUACCUAUAAGGUUCCUAAUUGCUCUCGGCGUCCUUGUAAAAUGGUGGGCAUACGUAAUUGGGAAGGAAGCACGGUGGGUUGUCGGCUAUGUCUGGCAAGGCACUUGGCGCCUCUGGCAAAGAGGAAGGAGAGGUAGAUUCAAGUCACGAACCCGAUCUGACAGUAGCCGGGCGGCUAGCGAGUCGGAGAGGAGCCAGAGUCGAGCGAGGGUAAGUAGCUCCAGCACCAUCCAGAAUGGUGCCACGCGACGUCACACUUCAUCCGAGACCAUGGGUAUGUCUACCCAAGACGCCUCUCGGCUAGGCAGCAACGGUGUAUUCCAUCCACCGAAGCAUCCAAUGCCCAGAUCUGGCGGGUUUCGCCAUCGGAGGACAAAGUCUAUGCCCUCGAACCUGACCUCUUACAACAAAGCCGACCUCCUCCAAGGCUUCGUGCUCGUGUGCAGCUCCUUGGCGUUGAUGAACCUUGACGCCAGCCGAAUGUAUCACUUUAUUCGCGCUCAGUCUUCGAUGAAACUCUACGUCAUUUACAAUAUUCUCGAGGUCGGCGACCGCCUUCUCUCGGCCCUCGGUCAAGACGUCUUGGAGUGUCUCUUCAGUUCCGAGACCCUAUCAAGAAAUAGCUCCGGGCGAUCUAAAGUCCUUCUCCCCUUCGGGAUGUUCAUACUCUCGCUAAUAUAUAAUAUCGUUCACACCGUGUGUUUAUUCUACCAAGUCAUCACAUUGAACGUUGCUGUAAACUCAUACUCGAAUUCUCUUCUUAGUCUUUUAAUAUCCAAUCAAUUCGUGGAAAUUAAAGGGAGCGUUUUCAAGAGAAUCGAAAAGGAGAAUCUUUUCCAGUUGACCUGUUCGGACGUGGUUGAGCGGUUUCAGUUGUGGAUUAUUCUAUUGAUCAUUGGUAUGAGAAACGUCGUGGAGGUAGGAGGCCUGUCCGUGCUGGGAGCCGGAAGUGAGAUAGAUGGCGGAGCUGCAAAACACGGUCCAGUCCAUACCAGCUCAAGCCUGCCCAAUAGUUUCACUGUGUUGCCGUCAUGGAUACUCUCCGGCGAGGUACUCUCCCCUUUUCUCGUCGUCAUAGGUAUCGAGAUGAUGGUGGAUUGGACAAAACAUGCAUUCAUUAAUAAAUUCAACAAUGUCAAGCCGGCCCUCUACAGCAGGAUGUUAGAUAUCUUAUGUAAGGAUUACUAUACCAAUGCAUUUUCGGCUCCAUCGCUGACUCGGCGACUGGGCUUACCACUAUUGCCGUUAUCGUGCCUCUUCAUCCGGGCCUCGAUCCAGGUAUACCACAUGUUCCUCGCCACGCAUAUCAACCCUCCAAUUCCGACGUCGACCACGGAGCUUUCGGUAGAGUCUUCAACACCGUCUUCGCCUGCGAUGAUUGCCGCACUAGAGCAUUUAGAUACACUUCUUAGGAACGCUCUAGGUCGUGCGGUAUAUGGAAAUCCAUAUGGAUCGUCCCAGACCCGUUCAUUCCUAGCUUUCUCUUCGGAUGACGCCAUUGCCCUUCUCACAAUGGUUAUCUUCUUCUUUCUCACCUGGAUUGUACUUCUUAUCGUGAAGCUCCUCCUGGGCAUGGCUCUUCUACGGUAUUCCAAGGAGCGGUACGCUGUGAUGAAGCGAAAGGAACACGCAGUAGCGACUGGUAAGGCAGAGUCUGAGAAUUUCUCACAACUGGGGAAGCGUGUUGGUUCAUGGGGCGCUGUCGAGGUUGGGGACGAUCGUAGAAAAUGGAUAUACGAGGACGAUAAGGAAGGACUGAAGAAAAUGCGUGAACGAGAGCGGAAGACGGAGGAGAAAUUCAAAGAGAAGGGUGACGAUGGGCUUUCUAAGGUGAUGAGGUACGAGAUGGUGGCUAAAAGGAUAUGGUGAAUGAUAGAGGGGGGACGAGGGGGGACGAGGGGGUCGUUAUGAUUUGACCUCAUUUUCUCCGAGUCAUAGCGUUAAGUCUACUGCAUUGUACUGUAUUGUAUUGUACUAAACACUACUACUACAUGAUAUUUGCAUUGUAUGGCGGUUGGCAUUACUUUUGAGCGUUACAGGUACCUAUGUAGGUAGCAUCUUAGUGCCAUGGUGCCAGAAUUACUACCUAAGGUACAUAGGCUAACUAGGGAUCUAUUCAGGGGCAUACCAGUCUAGCCGUGCAGCUGCAUACAUAUAGUUACAACAUGCACGUUGACUCUGGUAUCUGUAUAAGUCUACGGCCCGCUCGAACUUUAAUUAGUUACCUCCCAUCGUUCCUGCGUUAUCCUAUGGGGGUAGUUACCCGGGCAGAUGGCAUGAACAGAAGAGUUCUACUAGAAGCUUAAUUUAUGUCUACCUACACGUUAGGUACCUACCUUUUAACACCUGAAGUAUCAAGUUUCCAACUAAGGUUCA